AUGGGUUUCUCAACGGAUCUGCAAGAUGCUUUUUCUCACGAGGCAUUAGUUGGACUACAAGAUGCAGAGCUUAAACUUCUUGAAAAUAUGAAGAAGUGCGUUUUGCUUCGAGCAAAAUGUGAUCGGGAUUAUGCAUCUUCAUUAACAAUGGUUAGCAAUCAAGCCCUGAAACUUGAUCUUUCCAAAGAAUUGGAAGGCAGCUCAAUUGCAAGGGCUUGGUAUGCUAUUUCUGAAGAAAUGGACAUCAUGAGUAAAAUCAUCAGGAGAAAUGCCGACUGCUUGACUUCUUCAACUAUUGAAGCAAUAAACAAUUUAAUCUCGGAGAAAAGAGCUCUAAAAAAUCUUUAUGUAAUGGAGCAUGACACACUUCAUGGAGAACUAAGUAGACUACAUAAUUCAGUUGAGUCAAUGAAAACUGAAUACGAAAAAUAUCUUGAAAUGUGGAAGGAAGCAAAAUCAAAAUAUGAAGAGCAAUAUAUUAAAGGUAAAGGUGCCAGAAAAGUUGAAGAUGCAAAGGAGAGGUAUCAAAAGAGUGCAAAAAAAUUGCAUGUUUUACACAAUGAACUAAUUUUGACCUUGUGUGAAGCAUCAGAAUAUGAACGCCAUUUUAGAACUACCUUGAUACCUGGAUUGCUUUAUUAUCAACAAACUGUUAUGGAAGAUUCUGCAGAAACAUGGAAAUCUGUUUUGCAAGAAUAUUUUGAGGUCAUUAAUCUCACUUCAGAACAGUUUCAAGCUGUGCAUACGAGAAUGAGUAAAAGCAUUGAAGUUAUUGACAGUGAAGAUGAAUACACAGAUUUUAUAUGCAAAAAUAGGUCUGAUCCUCUACAGCCAAUAGAUUUCAAAUAUGAUGUUUCCUUAUUAAAAGAUAUAACUGGACCUCUGCGGCCCAAUGAGCUGAUAGCUGAUGAUUUUACAAUGGAUAUUCUUCUUGACAAAAAAAAAGAACUUGAAUCCAAACUUAUAAAGUGUGAAAAAGAUCUUUUAAAAAUGCAAGAGGAUUUGCAACAAUAUGAAGAUGAAAUCAAGUUAUCCCAGUUUGACAACAGAGAUUGUUCAAACCUGCGAGUAAAGAAAAGGGCCGUAGACAUUUUGGUGAAAAAUCUGAGUCAUUCUCAGUGCAUUGAGCAUAUCUUGCAUGUACAGCUUCAUUUAGUCAACUUUGCUCUGUCGUGUAUAGACAAUGACACCUCGCCAUCUGAGCUGGAACAUAAUGACCAAAAGGCUUGCAGUCAGAACAGUUCCAAUGAACAAAAAGAAGAUUUCAAUGUGACAUUAAGCAGGAAGUCGAAAUUUAUUAUGGACAAAUUGAAGCAACCGUUUUUUACCCUCAAACAAAGGCAUGUUUCUGCCUGCCCUCCAUCUCCACCAAAUAAAGAUUUUCUCGAUAAUGUUGUUGAGACUGAAAGAGUAACAUUCAAGAAGGAAAUUAAAGAUACCAGUUAUCAAAAUGAAGAUUGGUUCCAUGGUGUAUUACCCAGAGAGGAAGUUGUACGUCUUUUAGUGAAUGAUGGUGAUUUUCUUCUGCGAGAAACAGUUAGAUAUGAAAAAAAGCAACUAGUUUUAUCCGUUUGUUCACAAGGAUAUAAACAUUUUAUAGUUCAUAUGACCAGUGAUAAAAAGUACAGAUUUGAAGGCCCAAAUUUUGACACUAUUCAAGAGCUCAUAAUGCAUCAGUUUCAGUCAGGGCAGCCUGUAACCAUGAAAUCUGGAGCUAUAUUAAAGAGGCCAAUAGCUCGGGAGAGAUGGGAACUGAAUAACGAUGAUGUUGAAUUAAUUGAAAAAAUUGGCUCUGGUAAUUUUGGCGAUGUGUACAGAGCUCAACUUGAAAAUUACAGAGAAGAAGUGGCUGUAAAAACUUGUCAUGUUAAUUUGCCUGAUGCUCAGAAACGAAACUUUUUGCAAGAAGGUAGAAUUCUGAUGGAUUAUAAUCACCCGAACAUUGUUAAGUUUAUUGGAAUCUGUGUACAAAAACAUCCUAUCAUGAUAGUAAUGGAGCUUGUCCCAGGUGGAUCACUUUUAAAUUUUCUUCAAAAGCACAAUGAAAGUUUAACACUGAAUCAGUUACUUUCGUUCUGCAUUGAUGCAGCUGCUGGCAUGGAAUACUUAGAGAGCAAAAAUUGCAUUCAUAGGGAUUUAGCAGCUCGAAAUUGUUUAGUCGAUGUAAAUAAUAUUGUAAAAAUAUCAGACUUUGGAAUGUCCAGGAAAACUAUUGAAUAUGUUGUGACUGAUGGAAUGAAACAAAUACCCAUUAAAUGGACUGCUCCUGAGGCUUUAAAUUAUGGCAUUUAUACUACUCUUUGUGAUGUUUGGAGUUAUGGAAUUCUUAUGUGGGAAAUAUUUUCUCUUGGAAGUGUACCAUACCUCGGUUUAUCAAAUAACAAGGCAACUGAAAUGGUCGAAAAUGGAUAUCGUUUACAGCCACCUGACAACACGCCCCCUGAAAUAUACGAAAUUAUGCGAAAGUGCUGGGAAUACGACCCUCAAAAGCGACCUCAUUUCGGCGAAAUACAUUCCUCCCUGAACAUAUUUGCUGGCUCAACUUUGAUGGAAGAUACAGUGGAGUUAUAA